AUGGCGGAUGAAGGUCGGGCAACGAAGAAAGGAUCUGAGAAGAAAGAUCAGAAAGUUCCAUUCUAUAAGCUUUUUGCUUAUUCAGAUAGGCUUGAUAUUGCUCUUAUAAUCGUCGGAACGAUUUCUGCCAUUGGCAAUGGAUUGACGCAACCGCUCAUGACUCUUAUUUUCGGCCAGAUUAUCAAUUCUUUCGGAGGGACCGAUCCAUCUCGCGUAGUGCAUGAAGUUUCGAAGGUCUCACUCAAAUAUGUUUACUUGGCUAUUGGAGCUGGCAUAGCUUCAUUUCUACAGAUGUCAUGCUGGAUGGUAAGUGGAGAAAGACGUGCAUCUCGAAUAAGAGGGUUGUACUUGAGAACCCUAUUAAGGCAAGAUAUUGAGUUCUUUGACACUCAAACAACGACAGGAGAGGUCAUUGGGAGGAUGUCUGGGGAUACUAUUCUCAUUCAAGAGGCCAUGGGCGAAAAAGUUGGAAAAUUCAUUCAGUUUACAUCAACAUUCGUUGGAGGCUUUAUAAUUGCUUUCUGUAAAGGAUGGCUUCUAUCCUUAGUAUUGUGUUCAUGCAUUCCUGCACUUGCCAUAGCCGGAGGAUGCAUGUCAUUGCUUAUGGCGAAGAUGUGGAGUCGAGGACAAGUUGCCUACGCAGAAGCUGGAAAUGUGGUUGAACAAACAGUGGGAGCAAUUAGAACGGUCGCAUCCUUCACCGGAGAGAAGAAAGCAGAAGAAAAGUAUGAUAGCAAAUUGCAAAUAGCCUAUGCAUCCACUGUUCAGCAAGGGUUGGCUUCAGGCAUUGGACUUGGCACUGUUUUACUAAUUGUCUUUAGUACUUAUGGAUUAGCCAUAUGGUAUGGAUCAAAAUUGAUAAUAGAAAAAGGAUACAAUGGUGGAAAGGUUAUCAAUAUCAUGAUGGCCAUAAUGACCGGAGGAAUAUCACUUGGACAGACAUCUCCAUGUAUAAAUGCAUUUGCAGCAGGUCAAGCAGCAGCAUACAAGAUGUUUGAGGCUAUUGAACGGAAACCGAAAAUUGAUGCCUAUGAUGACAGAGGAAUUGUGUUGGAAGAUAUAAGAGCUCUAGUUGGGCAGAGUGGAAGUGGGAAGUCCACAGUUAUUAGCUUGUUGGAGCGAUUUUAUGAUCCUGAUGCUGGAGAAGUACUUAUAGAUGGAGUUAAUUUGAAGAUGAUGAAACUCAAAUGGAUCAGAGGAAAAAUGGGACUUGUAAGCCAGGAACCAAUCUUAUUUGCAACUACUUUGAAGGAAAACAUAUUGUAUGGGAAAGAAGAUGCUUCUGAUGAAGAGAUUAGAACAGCAAUAGAACUUGCUAAUGCUGCCAAAUUCAUUGACAGGCUUCCCCAGGGGCUUGAUACUACGGUGGGUGAGCAUGGAACUCAGCUAUCCGGUGGUCAGAAGCAAAGGGUUGCAAUUGCUAGAGCUAUUCUUAAAAAUCCAAAAAUCCUUCUUCUUGAUGAGGCAACAAGUGCUUUGGAUGCAGAGUCAGAACGCCUUGUGCAAGAUGCACUUGAAAAUGUUAUGACCAACCGAACAACUGUGGUUGUUGCACACCGUCUGACAACUAUAAGAAAUGCUGAUCAUAUAGCAGUAGUGCAAACUGGAAAACUAGUAGAACAAGGUACUCAUGCUGAAUUGGUAAGAAAUCCCAACGGGGCAUACUCCCAGCUUGUUCGAAUGCAAGAAGGUACUAAACAGAUUGAUAAUAUUGAAGGGACAGACUUGCAGAAAAUGGAUUAUAACUUAGAUGGCAACUUGAGCAAUUCUUCAAGUCAGAAAAUUUCAAUAGGGAGAUCAACAAGCAACAGAUCACUUCCCCCUCCCUUUGGUAUUCCUGGUCAUAUUGACUAUCAAGAAGCUCAAACUGAAGAUACCAGAGAUGAAAAGGAACUCAAGAUUUCAAAGGAGCAUAAGAAAGUUUCUAUUAGACGCCUUGCAUAUUUAAACAAACCCGAGUUGCCAUAUUUGCUGCUAGGAUCAUUGGCAGCUGGGGCACACGGCGUAGUUUUUCCAAUAUUUGGACUCUUACUUUCAUCAGCUAUUAAAAUUUUCUUUGAACCUGCACACAAGCUUAGGAAAGAUUCCAGCUUUUGGGGACUCAUGUUAGUUGUCCUUGGCAUAUGUACCUUGGUGGUUGUCCCAAUACAAAAUUCCUUUUUCGGAAUUGCUGGUGGUAAGUUGAUACAAAGAAUUCGUUCUUUGUCAUUCAAGAAGGUAGUGCACCAGGAGAUUAGUUGGUUUGAUAAUCCUCGCAACUCAAGUGGUGCUGUUGGUGCAAGGUUAUCUACCGAUGCCUCGACUGUAAGGAGCCUUGUAGGCGAUGCUUUAGCACUAAUAGUCCAGAAUAUAGCGACAGUGAUAGCAGGUCUUGUUAUAGCGUUCACAGCUAAUUGGUUGCUAGCCAUCAUAAUCCUUCUUGUUCUGCCCCUUGUUGGUUUGCAAGGAUUCCUCCAGAUGAGGUUCUACAAAGGUUUCAGUGCAGACGCCAAGGUGAUGUAUGAAGAAGCUAGUCAAGUGGCAAAUGAUGCUGUGAGCAGCAUCAGAACUGUUGCCUCAUUUAGUGCAGAAGAGAAGGUGAUGAAAAUGUAUGAGCAAAAAUGUGAGGUUCCUUUGAAGCAAGGAGUUCGGAUUGGACUUGUUAGUGGAGCAGGUUUUGGAGCCGGUUCUUUUGCUCUAUUUUGCACAAAUUCCUUCUGUUUCUACAUUGGAGCUGUUUUAAUUCAACAUGGGAGAGCAUCAUUUGGGGACGUGUUCAAGGUUUUCUUUGCUCUAACAAUGUCAGCUAUUGGAGUUUCUCAAACUAGUGCAAUGGCUCCAGAUGUGAACAAAGCUAAGGAUUCUGCCGCUUCUAUAUUUGAGAUCCUGGAUAGUAAACCCGAAAUUGAUUCAAAUAGCGAAGAAGGUACAACAUUGGCUAGUGUUAGAGGUGACAUUGAAUUUCAACAUGUAAGCUUCAAGUAUCCAACACGGCCAGAUAUCCAAAUCUUCAAGGAUUUGUGCCUGAGUAUGCCUUCCGGGAAGACAAUGGCUCUUGUUGGAGAAAGUGGAAGUGGGAAGUCCACAGUUAUCAGUUUGAUACAGAGAUUCUACAAUCCUGACUUUGGCCAAAUAUUUUUGGAUGGAGUGGAAAUCAGAAAAUUCAAGUUAAGUUGGCUGAGGCAACAAAUGGGAUUAGUGAGUCAAGAACCUAUUCUCUUCAAUGAGACAAUCCGCACAAACAUUGCCUAUGGGAAAAGGGGCGACGUAAACGAAGAAGAGAUCGUUUCAGCAACGAAAGCUGCGAAUGCACACGACUUCAUAUCAGGAUUGCCUCAAGGAUAUGAUACUAACGUUGGAGAGAGAGGAAUUCAAUUGUCUGGUGGACAAAAGCAAAGAAUUGCUAUAGCAAGAGCAAUAUUGAAAGAUCCAAAGAUCCUUUUGCUCGACGAAGCAACAAGUGCGUUGGAUGCUGAGUCAGAGCGUAUAGUGCAGGAAGCAUUAGAUCGAGUUAUGGUGAACAGAACUACCAUUGUUGUAGCUCAUCGCCUGACUACGAUAAUGGGGGCAGACACCAUUGCUGUUGUGAAGAAUGGAAUUAUUGCUGAAAAGGGAAGUCACGACGUGCUUAUGAAAAUGAAAGAUGGGGUCUAUGCAUCAUUGGUUGCUCUACACUCAAGUUCAGAAUAA